UGUUGGAAUAAUUGGAAUUUAUCCCCCGUCAAUCCAAGUAUAAAAUACACGACGUGUUUAGAAGAAGACCUUCAAUAAAGCUUGGACGAUCCUCGUGACUAGUGAGAGUGAGGGCCGCGAAGCUUAUUAACAUUUAUAUUGAAAGAAAAAUUGAAACUCGAAAAUGUUGAAGGGUACUGUGGCUUUGGUGACAGGCGGUGCCUCCGGGCUAGGCCGUGGUACAGUAGAAAGAUUCGUCAAGCAAGGUGCAAAGGUGAUUAUUGGCGAUUUACCUACUUCGAAAGGUAAAACUGUGGCCGACGAAUUGGGAGAGGCCAAUGCAGUAUUCGCACCUAUGUGUGUAACUUCGGAAUCUGAUGUCCAAGCUGCUCUCGAUCUUACGAAACAAAAAUUUGGCAAGCUUGACGUUCUCGUCAACGCCGCCGGUAUUGCCAUAGCUUUCAAGACGUAUAACAGUAAUAAAAAAAUUCCUCACAAACUGGAGGAUUUUGCUAAAAUUAUCCAAGUCAACACCAUCGGCACCUUCAACGCUAUUCGCCUCUCUGCCGGCUUGAUGAUUGAAAACACACCUAAUCAAGAUGGUCAAAGAGGUGUAAUUAUUAACACUGCAAGUGUCGCGGCUUUUGAUGGUCAAAUGGGACAGGCUGCUUAUUCUGCUUCGAAAGGAGCAGUCGUAGGAAUGACUUUACCUAUUGCUCGCGAUCUUUCCAAGGAUGGAAUUCGUGUUGUAACAAUUGCUCCAGGACUUUUUGAUACUCCGUUAUUAAGGGCACUGCCAGAAAAAGUACGCGUCUUUUUGGCGAAGAGCAUCCCAUUUCCUCAGAGAUUAGGGAGUCCCGAUGAGUAUGCCAUGUUGGCACAGCAGAUCGUUGAAAACCCGUUAUUAAAUGGGGAGACAAUUAGAUUGGAUGGUGCUUUGCGAAUGCAAGCUUAAAGAGCUAUCAGUUUUUUAUUCUGAAAUAAUUUCUGUAUCAAAGAUUUUUCACGAGUCUUAUUUGAGUUUUUUUUCUAUGUAAUAUAUGUAUACAAUAAAGUUUUGAACUUUUCUAUAAA